AUGGGGGGAAGGUCCAGCUGCAGUUUGAGUGCAUGCAGAGACAGGGGGGGAGGGGGGUUCGAGGAAGGAGGAAGGGGGUUCGAGGAAGGAGGAGGGGGGUUCGAGGAAGGAGGAGGGGGGUUCGAGGAAGGAGGAGGGGGGUUCGAGGAAGGAGGAGGGGGGUUCGAGGAAGGAGGAGGGGGGUUCGAGGAAGGAGAAGGGGGGUUCGAGGAAGGAGGAGGGGGGUUCGAGGAAGGAGGAGGGGGGUUCGAGGAAGGAGGAGGGGGGUUCGAGGAAGGAAGAGGGGGGUUCGAGGAAGGAGGAGGGGGGUUCGAGGAAGGAGGAGGGGGGUUCGAGGAAGGAGGAGGGGGGUUCGAGGAAGGAGGAGGGGGGUUCGAGGAAGGAGGAGGGGGGUUCGAGGAAGGAGGAGGGGGGUUCGAGGAAGGAGGAGGGGGGUUCGAGGAAGGAGGAAGGAGUUGUGGGGGAGAGGGAUGUGGCAAAACGAGGGAAUGA